GUAAUCGCUCACCCGACAGCUUUGACUUCCCUCCCGGGCUCCCGGCCCAGGCCCAGGCCCCACUUCUCCACCCUUGAGCGGAUGACACAGAGCUGGGCUUAGGGGAGAAGCGAGGGCUGGGGGCGCCCGGCCGGCUCAGUCCGUAGAGCGUGUGAGUGUCGAUCUCGGUCGGGGCUGUGAGUUCGAGCCCCAAGUUGGGUGUGGAGGUUACUUACAAAUAAAAUCUUAAAAAUAAAUGAACAAGGGAGAUCUAAACGUGAGCGGGUUGCCACCGCCGAGGGAGGAGCCCAGAACAUACCCACCCGGGGCUGGGUGUGCAGAAAGAGCAGGAAUCAUGUGGCUGGAGAUUCUCCUCGCCUCAGUGCUGGCCUUUGUCGUCUCCUGGUUUGUUUCCCGGGACAAGGAGGAAACGCUGCCACUAGAAGAUGGGUGGUGGGGCCCCGGGGCGAGGCCCACGGCCCCAGAGGACGAGAGCAUCCGCCCUUUCAAGGUGGAGACGUCAGACGAGGAGAUCAAGGACUUACACCGCAGGAUCGACGGGACCCGUUUAACCCCACCUUUGGAGGACAGCCGCUUCCAUUAUGGCUUCAACUCCAACUACCUGAAGAAGAUCCUCUCCUACUGGCGGAAUGAAUUUGACUGGAGGAAGCAGGUGGAGAUGCUCAACAGGUACCCUCACUUCAAGACCAGGAUCGAAGGGCUGGACAUCCACUUCGUCCAUGUGAGGCCGCCCCAGCUGCCGCCCGGCCGCACCCCCAAGCCCCUGCUGAUGGUACACGGCUGGCCCGGCUCCUUCUACGAGUUUUAUAAGAUCAUCCCCCUCCUGACUGACCCUGUGAACCACGGCCUGAGCGAGGAGCACGUGUUCGAAGUCAUCUGCCCUUCCAUUCCUGGCUACGCCUUCUCGGAGGCAGCCUCCAAAAAGGGCUUGAAUUCAGUGGCCACCGCCAGGAUCUUUUACAAACUGAUGCUGCAGCUGGGCUUCCGGGAGUUCUACAUUCAGGGCGGGGACUGGGGGGCCCUGAUCUGCACCCACAUGGCCCAGAUGGUGCCCAGCCAUGUGAAAGGCCUGCACUUGAACAUGGUUUUCAUUUUAAAUGGCCGCAUCCUGACCCUCUUCCUGGUUCGGCAUUGCCCGAGGCUCUUCGGUUUCACCCAGAGGGAUAUGGAGCUGAUGUUGCCCUUCAAGGAGAAGAUUUUCUACAGACCGCUGCGGGAGAGCGGCUACAUGCACAUCCAGAGCACCAAGCCCGACACCGUGGGCUGCGCUCUGAACGACUCACACAAUCGACAAAUCUGGGGGGGAAAGCAGGCAGGCCUGGAGGCUGCCCUCUGGUGCACCCGGGGCUCAGCGGCCGUCUGGUUCUGCUUCCGCAGAAAGUUCUCCCUGGACGACCUGCUGACCAACGUCAUGCUCUACUGGACAACUGGCGCCAUCACCUCCUCCCAGCGCUUCUACAAGGAGAACAGGGGGCAGCUCUUCAAGCAGGAUCGGGUCAAGGUGUCGGUGCCCACCGGCCUGGCCGCCUUCCCGUGUGAGCUGAUGCACGUACCGGAGAGGUGGGUGAAGGGCAAGUACCCGAGGCUCGUGUCCUACUCCUACAUGCCCCGCGGGGGCCACUUUGCCGCCCUCGAGGAGCCGGAGCUGCUGGCCCAGGACAUCCGCAAGUUCGUGGGGCUGGUUGAGCUGCCCUGAUGCCACGGGGGUGGCCCCCGGGGCCGAGUCUCCCUCCCCAUCAGCCACCCCCUCCCAGUGCGGCCCCCCCAUCCCCCUCCCUCUCCCU